UGUGUGCAUGUUGGAAGAAGAACAUUUUAUUUUCUGCGCUCAUUACACAUCUUGGUCAGAACAGUUAUAAAUAUUAUUUUUGUGUUUACAAAUAAACAACCUAAAUUAUUGAACUAGUUAAAUACAUUCUCUAGUUUUCAUUAAAUGCACUAAUUCCCCAAACUUCUUCCAGGCCAACUUAGCCAACACCACAAAUUGUCUAGUUGGUUUAUAUGGGUCUCUUUUAGCUCAAGAUUAUCUUUCAAAACUCAAAUAUUCACAGUUUCAAUUUCCAGUAUAUUGUCAAGACACAACCUCUAAAAUAUUCCUCAACAAAAUGUGAUGCUAUCAAAAUGUAACAUCUGAUAUUUAUUUGUAUAUAUUAAAAUAUAAUACAAAGUUACCAUGAACAAUAUUAGUCAGUGAUUCCAAACAGCAGUAGGUUUCCAGGCUGGUCACACAUGCCAGAGAAAAUCAAUAUGUUUGUUAACUUGCUGGGACAACAAUUUUUAUUUCUUAAAAAAGUAUGAGAGCGCUGGUUUAGACGACGGUUUAGUGAGCCUGACUCAUCUGUCACUGAUUCUAUUUUGAUAAGUUCGUAUGUUUUUGAAAGUGGCGUCAUGAGAUACUUAAACUAACUUUUUACAUCAAUAAUCGGAUGUUUAUUUGGAGCACCAGAGAAGCUGAGUCGGAGCAAACAACCACCUGCUCUCCAUGGAUACAAGUAACCUCAAUAAUAAGAGUUUUAUCUCAGGAGAUCAGUGAGGACUUACUAUAUCUUCCAAUGUUCCCUGGUCAGACUGCGUGAAGAUGAAGCAUCAGACAGAGCUGCUGCAGAACAAUCCUUUCAUUAACAGAGCAUCAGGCUUCUACAUCAUUGGAUUUCAGAAGAUUCCCUCUGUCAGCGUCUACUUCAUCUUUCUGGCCUUAGUCUACGUGGUCACGGUUCUCUUCAACAGUUUGGUGAUCUAUGUAAUUGCCUCUAAUCGUUGCUUACACACUCCAAAGUUUCUGGCUGUGGUCAACCUGGCAGUGAUCGAUUUAGUCCUGAACACGUGCACGAUUCCCAGCAUGAUAAAGAUAUUUCUCAUGAAGGAUAACUUCAUUCCAUUCAACCUAUGUUUUGUACAAAUGUAUGUGUAUUACACGUGUGUCUCAUUGGAUUCGUACGCUCUUGCUGUACUUGCUUACGACCGGUUGAUCGCGAUAUGUUUCCCUCUGCGUCAAAACUCGAUCAACACACUACGGAGCAUGUCUUGUAUUGUGGGCCUGACGUGGUGCGUUGCUUUGGGAGUGACGGCAUUUGCAACCAUUAUAAUGACCCGACUGUCUUUCUGCAGAUCUGUCAGKGUGUUCAGCUACUUCUGUGACUAUGCGCCUGUGUUCAGGCUCGCCUGUAAUGACUACACAAUGCAUUGGUCUGCAGCUUCUGUUCUCUCUUUUGUGAAUCUCGGACUACCCUGUACGUUUAUUUUUCUGUCUUACAUCAGCAUCCUGGUGACAGUGUUCAGGAUGAAAUCUUUAGGAAGUCGAUUCAAAGCUUUGGCCACGUGUGUUGAACAUAUCAUCCUUGUUGCUAUAUUUUACAUUCCUCUGCUGGUCAUUUUCAUGAUUGGGUUUUAUCUGAGGGUCAUUGAGCCGGACCAGCGUGUGCUCAGUCUAUCACUGGCCUCCUGCAUCCCCCCCUGCGUCAAUCCUAUUGUAUAUUCAUUAAAAACUAAAGAGAUAAAAGUCAGAGCCCUGGCGCUUAUUAGAAAACAUAAAACCAAGACGCAACAAAAAAGCAAUUUUUGGAGGGUCAACAUAGCACAGCAAUAAUUUAGGAUAAUUGUUUCAAAGCCUAAACUAUAAUCUUAUGACAUCUUUAGCGUGAAAUAAUGCAUACAUAUUCUUUUUGCUGUCAACUGAUGACUCUGGGCCUUGAAUCUAAUUCAUAUAUAAUUGAACUGUUUCAUUUUACCUCCGUCAUGUAACAUGAAGCUUAAAAUAAACGUUUUCCCACAUAUCUGAAUAAAUACUGGGCAGAUGUGAUAUAACUGUUAAUAAAACAUAAU